AUGGAAAAUUCUCAAAUAUUCCAUGAUUUAUCUGUUUCAACAUCAGUUUCGAAUGAUUCUUCUUCUUCUUCUCAUUCAAAUUCUUCAGCUGAAAAUCAGACUUACGAAGAUUUUGAAGAACCAGUUUCAUUAGAGGGAAGUGUAGUUAAGGAUGAUGAUGAGGCGUAUGAGUUAUACAACAGUCAUGCAUUUAGGAAAGGUUUUGGUACUAGGAAGGAUGUUGUUGUGCCUAAAUCCUUUAAAAAAAUUGAUAGGAGAACUGGAUGCAAGGCUUCAGUUCAGUUUGAUGUUGAUAAGAAAACUGGAGUGUAUGUUCUUUCUAAACAUUGUCGUCUGCAUAACCAUUCAAUGGUUCCUGCUAAUAAGAAAUACCUUAUUAGGUCAUAUAGGCACAUUUCAAAAGAACAGUUGGCUUUUCUUACUACUUUUACUUGUAGUGACACUACGCUUGCUGAUAUUCUUAGAGCUAUGAUGAAAAAAGUUUGUGGUGAGGCGCAUUUAGGCUUCACUGUUCCCGAUGCGUAUGAUGCUUUGACCAAUUUUUUUUGGAGAGAUGGAAGAAUGCGGUCUGAUUAUGAAGCAUUUGGUGAUUUAUUGAUUCAUGAUACGACUUAUCGUACUAAUAAAUACGAUAUGAUUUGUGGGCCUUUUGUUGGAAUGAAUCUUCACACCCAAAAUAUCAUGUUUGGAGUUGGUUUUAUAUUGUAUAAGAAGGCAGGUAGUUUUGACUGGCUUUUUAAUUCUUUUUUGACUUCCAUGGGAGGGAAGCAAACUGUGACUAUCAUGACUGAUCAAUGUUCUGCCAUGGACAAGGCUAUAAGGGAAGUGUUUCCAAAAUCGAGGCAUCAGUUGUGUAUGUGGCACAUUGGAGAAAAUGCAGUUGUAAACAUCAAAGGUGUUAUGGCCAAAGAAGGAUUCAAACGUCAGUUUGAUUAUGUUUUGAAAUAUAGUGACACAGUUGUUGAUUUUUUGGCUGAUUACAAUUGCGCUAAACAUUCAUGGAUAAUAAGGUUAUAUAGUUUGAAGGAGAAAUGGUGUCCUGCAUAUAACAAAGAGUGGUUUUCUGGGGGUGUUUUAUCUUCUCAAAGGAGUGAUCGAGACUACAAAUCAUUCUAUUUCUAG